AUGACAGAUAGUGGAUGGGAUAUGCAUGCUAAUAACAAGGGUGAUGAUGAACUUGCAUUCUCCAUGCUGAACCACAAUUUGCUCAUCUAUAUGAUCUGUCCUCACUGCAGGCAUUCUAGGAAUAAGAAAGACAAAGCAGAUGUUAAGUUUGCUAGCGGUAUCUCACAGAUUAAAAGGAUUUUUAUGGUCACACCAGCAUUUCCUGUAAUACUAGCCACAUGCCCUGUUGUGCAAUUUGAGGCAUCAUGCCUGCCUUCAUCAGUUCCAGAUCGUGAACGGAAAUUGCAGUUUAGCCUUGGAUGUCAAGUGAUCUUGCCACCAGAUAGCUUCCUUACCCUUAAAUUACCAUUUGUUUAUGGUGUGCAGCUUGAAGAUGGAAACAAGCAUCCUCUUAAUCCCUUUGAACAACAGCCAGAAAUGACUGCCUGGAUAACCAAGGGCACAGUACUGCAGAUUUUGUCCAAAGGGAGCAGUGAUGAGGGAUAUCAAACAUAG